UUUUCAUGUUUGGUGGGGAAUAUCGACAAGUUUAAUCCUCUUCGUACUUUCAUUAUUCUUCUCUUUGGCGGACAGAGAGAGAGAGAGAGAGAGAGAGAGAGUGGGAGAUAGAGAGAGGACGAGAUGCAGCAGCCUCCGUCAAUGCUUCCUAUGAUGCCUUCAUUUCCUCCGACGAACAUCACAACGGAACAGAUUCAAAAGCAGUACCUGGAUGAAAACAAAAAGUUGAUCCUGGCAAUAUUGGACAAUCAAAACCUAGGCAAACUGGCCGAGUGUGCACAGUACCAAGCCCUGCUUCAAAAGAACUUGAUGUAUCUAGCUGCAAUUGCUGAUGCUCAACCACAAACACCAGCUAUGGCUCCUCAGAUGCCGCCACAUCACGCAAUGCAACACGGAGCGCAUUACAUGCAACAUCCUCAGGCAGCAUUGGCUUCACAACCUGGUGUUUUUGCACCAAAAGUCCCGAUGCAGUUCAACCCACAGCAAAUGCAGGAUCAUCAGCAACAGCAACAUCAGUUACACCAACAUCAACAAGCUGUCCAAGGUCAUAUGGCCAUGAGACCUGGAAUCAAUAAUGGGAUGCUGGCCAUGCAAAAUGAGUCAAUUCUUGGGGGUGGCAACGGCGGUGGCCCACCACCCAGUGGGGGCCUAGCAGCAGAAUAUGCACGUGGGAGUGGGGGUGGGGGCAGUGCUUCAAGCGGUCCUCUGGAUGUCCGAGGAAACAAACAUGAUGUCCUAGAGGCUGCUUCUGGUGAUGGACAAGGGAACUCGACUCCUGGACGUGGCAGUGCUGAUGGGGAACCAUCUUACCUGAAAGGAUCAGAAAAUGCCAGCUGAAACGGCUGCAACUGGAUAUCCAUAUGAAUAGCAGCUUUGGAUGUUGAUAGCACAUCAGUGUUUCUUAUACUACAUUAGUACUAGUUUACCUCUGCCGUUGGGAUAUGUUUGACCAAAACAGAUUUCUUGUUUUCCCUUUUAACUGGACAUGUAGGUGUGCAGUGUGCUGUUAAGGGGCAAAUAAGAAUAUGAUGUCUAGAUGGAAGGUUGUCUCUGCUGUUGUUCUGUAUCUAACUAUCUAUUGUUUCUCCAGUCGGGAGUGAAUGCACGGCGCAUUCUGGUCUCUAGUCUGUCUGAUUUAACAUUUAACAGUCCCCGUGCUCCAUCGAUCCCAGACUGCCAGGCAGGGUUCAGUUUUUUAACAUAAUGAAAUUGCUUAGCAAUUUAUUAAGAA